AUGACCCCGUUGCCCUGUAACCUAGCGAGCGUCGUGUUGAUUUGUGCCACCAGCUUCUUCAUCAGAUCUCCGUCGCUCCUGCGGUACGCAAAACGAUCAUCGAGCGGGGCGUUGGUUUUCAGAAGGUAAUCUGACUUGUCGAGCACUACUGUGGAACUUCCCUUUUCGGCUGGCAAUAUUACCAUGCUUCUGUCAGCCUUCAGUCUCUCGAGGGCGUCUUGCUCCGCUUACGGAAUUGCUACUCGCGGUUUGUGCAUUAACAGUAAGGAUUUGACUUGCUAUCGGAUGAGAUGUUUUGCAUCGUCCGGCUCCUGGAUGUGCUUUAGGACCGACUCGAUGCUAGCCAAGAGGUUAAACGGAUCGGCGUCCGCGGUAUUGAAGCAUGUUGCACGUUGUAGCACUUGAAGCUGCACUGGCGUCAGUUCCUUGGAAAACAAAUUGUGGACCAGUGUCUCGCUGGUCGCUGGGAUCUUGCGUUGUUGGACUCAAUUUUUGGUAUUUGUGUCUCAACUCCCCGUCUCGUCUAGAUCUUAGUUCUCUGACUCGAUUUCGAUUACUCGUUUCAGUACAAAACCCCCUCCGAGGAUGGAAGCUUGUGUGCAUUUGAAACUUUAGGGUAUUAAACCUAUGGUAACCAUUAUUCUACAAAAAGAAUCUCAUUGACAUGAACAUCCAACAAGCCUGCUGAGUAGUAUAGUGCUUAACUUGGGGUUUCUAUACAGCCAUUGUUGCAGAACUUUGUCAGCACUUUCUAAGUUAUUCGGACACACGUAUGAUGGUGACACUCGACUCUCUCGUUAAUACAUUCAUGUAAAGCUACGCUCAGCGAUCUCUUAUGUUAAAUGCUAGUUAAUCUGUCGAAAGAUCGUCUUUGGAUUUGGACUAUGGUUGGACAAGCUCUAAACUAAGGACCACAACCUGCAUCAUCAACAAGACGAACGCUGUGAGGUUGUUGCAACAGCUGUUCCAACUUUUUAGUUUGUCUCUCCUUUCACGGGACUUAUGAGCACCAAAUGUUGACCUAUGUUUCAAUAUCCGCUGAAAGAUAGGGGUUUACUCGGUAUUCUGUAGGUCUAUUGAUCUACCUUGCGAUCUAAGAGCUUGUUUUUAUUGCCUAAUGGUAUUUAUUGGCGACCUUGAGAAUUAUUAAUUAUUUUGUGAACUGAAGAUUUGACGUCCUGUGCUACCGUCAAUUGACAUUAACGCCUUCAGACACAGCAGUCUUCCAGUAAAGGUAACAGCAGCGUUGACAUAGUUAACACCACGCCCCUUUUUCAGUUACUUCAAGUGACACAAAAAUGCAUAACAAAUCUACGAUGAUUCUUAGGAAUUUUUGGAAAUUUUAAAAUAUCCAUAAAAACAUGUCGUCAAAUAUUAAAGAAAGCGCGCUACUCAUGGCAACUUUAAAUAUUCUUAUUAGGUCUGUUUGUUUGCCGACUAUUCUUAAAGCAGGAUUUAAUUUACUCCUGUUUUAAGAAUAGUUGGCACAUAAAAAAACAAAAUAAAAAUAUUAAAGUUUAUUAUGAGUAGCGCCCUUUCUUUUAUACUUUUACGACAUGCUUGUAUGGAUGUUUUAACUUCCAACAGCUAACGAAAAUAUUUAUCAGUUGAAAUUGAUAUCUCUUAAGCGAUAUCUCAGCUAAACAAUUGGUUAGAUGUUUUCAUGUUUAGGCGAUUUUACAUUAUUGCCUUUUAAUCUGCCUUUACUUUUAUUGAUGAAAGUAAUUUACUUAACUUAUAUUUUUUUAAUAUUCAGCGCUUUAAUUUAUUAAAAUCUGUUUCGUUUGUAUGCCGAUGGGCGUUUUAUUAAGGUCCCAGCUUCUGUGAUGGGCUUGCGCUACAGCUCAUAUUUGCGACUGAAACAGAAAACCAUGAUAAGCUAGUGAUUUAAACCACUGGCUUAUACUUAGUCUAUUGCCAUCACUGGCGCCAACCACGAGAAGGACUCGUAGGCGGAUUCUCUAUUCCGACUAUAAUCCGACGGGGCAAGGGGGUUAUAUGGAGCCGAUGCUGACAGGGUUUUACCCUGUGCACAUGGAAAAAUUUGGACAAAGGGGGCCUGACUUUGGCAGUAAUGGCACUUCUCUCUAAUGUACUGACAGCAUCCGUUUUCAAUGGUGUCAGUAGGUUUUUGUGUACAUCUGGGUUGUAGGUCCGCAUCAUCCGAAACAACGUCUUUAUUUUGGAUCAUGGCAUUUCGAACCCAGAGCAGAAUUCCGAAAGUCCACCGAAAGCACUUGCCAGCGACCGCGCUCUUACUUAGGUCUUCGGGUUUUUAACUUUUUAGUAAAUAGCGCAGUAAGAUGUCUACCCGUAUUAACCUCUCGGAUUAGUUCAGGCAUUUAUAAUUCCGGUGUUUGGUAUACAACCGACGACGUAGAGGGAACGGAGGAUCCCUCAUCAGCGCAUAAUAAGCUUUCCUGUCACGUACAAACCGCAUGAAAAUUGUGCACUGAUAAAUUCCAAUACUUGCGCUUUCUAAUUGCAUUCACCGAUGGAUAAAGAACAACAUGCUAAGAUUUUAUCUGCAUUUUAAACACUCCCUGAGUGAUUAGAUUUGCAAUUAGUUUAAUAAACCUACUUCCAAAUCGCACUAAUCAGAUAUAUAUAUAUAUAUAUAUAUAUAUAUAAUGUUAGGGGGCGCUCACCGAUCGUUCAUACGGAACUCACUUGUUCCGUUGUGCCUUAUGGACUCUAUCUGGAGCCCAACCAGCAGCCGCACAGCGGCAAUACCAUUCUGCCUAUAUAUCAUGCGCCGCUGUGCGGCUGCUGGUUGGGCUCGAGAGAGAGUCCAUAAGGCACAACGGAACAAGUGAGUUCCGUAUGAACGAUCGGUGAGCGCCCCCUAACAUUGUAUAUUCCCGAUCGAAAACCGACAAGGCAACGGGCUCGUGGCCCGGUGGGUAGAGGCGUGGACUUCUAAACCAACAGGUCGCGAGUUCGAGGCUCGGGUGUUCCACACUACGGGCUUGGGUAUGGCUGGCUGACGACGGCUAAUAAGCCAGAAAUGGCCAUUCCAGUCUCCCUUGUCGUUGUCGGCAAUAACAUUCUGCCUAUAUAUAUAUAUAUAUAUCAGCGAGGCGGGAGGACAGAGAAUGCGGGUAGAUUGAUACAUCACUGUUUCGGGCUUGUUCGCCUUCAUUCAGCCAAUCAUAACCCUGACCGCCAGCUGGUACCGGAAACACAAACAUGCGCACAGAUGCACCUGGCGCAGUUGCAGUCAACAAUGUUUUCACAGUCGCUCUCAAGUAAAAACUGAAAAUGCGUCCAACCACAUCGACACUCAGUAUGCUGCACCAAAUUUCUAUUCACUCAUUGACUAGCAGCUUGCAAAUUACUUGUGCACCAGACGGCAUACUUUGACCGCAAUUACUUAAAUUUGAAGCGACUGAAGAAUUCUACUGAGAGCAGGUCGUCGAUAACUAAUUUGACAAUUACGUCACAUCGAAGUUGAGGCGGGACACCGUCCCUCAGUUGACAGUUCAACUGACGAAUUCGUCCGAAAUGAACGCAGGUGUCGCUGCUAAUAGUCCUUAUGUUUGCAGUGAUUGCCUAAAUAAUCCGUGUUCCUAAACCCGAAUUGAAGUCUGUAUCAGGCGCAAGUAUUUUCGAAUGGCAUAAUCGGCAGCUUUAUAAUCUUAGAAUGUCUUUUAUGGGUGAACUGGGUCAAGUAGGACGAAUUCGAAGACAGAAUUCCCACAUUGAUGUGGACGCAUCAAUAUCUACGAGCGAGUGUUCUGAAGAAGAUGGUAAUGAACGCCUCUUCCAAAAACCCUAAGCGCUUUGCGAAAGUUUAGUAGCGCCUUUGUUGUACAACUACUGAUAUGCAAGUGUGCUGACAUACAAAUGCCUUGUAAAUAUGUUCAAAUUAUCGUGGAUGUUCUUGGAAUUUUGUCUUUAAUGAUAUUAAUUUAUUUUUUUUGCUGACUAACUGAAAUCUGCUCUUAAAUUUGCCAUUUCUUCCAAGAUUUAAUUCACCAAACGGUUAUGUUUUUUAAGCUGUUUUUAACUAUGGGUACAAACUAGUGCAGAAAAUACAUCUAAGGAAUUUACCCUGUUUGAUUUAGAUAAUAGCAAAUCGUUGACGUCACAAACAUUGCCCCUCUACGAUGCAAAUGUAUCAUACGGUAAGUUUUUGAAACGCUUAUAAUUCAUUCAAAAUGUCGCUCACUAGUUUUGAAACUAAAGUAACGAUUAAACUAACUUAUUUGACCUCUCGCAAUUCCACCUUAAAGUUAUUUAACACAAUUCUAAUGAUGUUCAUUUAGACCCCUCAAACAAUGGAAAGUACGUGGGAUCAUAGCUUCGUCAACAAUACAAUUACCCAAGAAGAAUAUGACCUCCUGCCCUCACUAGAUAUUUCAACAUUUGACUCUGAAAGUUUGAUGUCAGACCUUGAUGUGCCUUAUGCCUUCGAUGAGGAUUACCGUUCUUCACCACAAAUUUUUAAUGGUUCGCCAUUACAGGUAACUUUCUGUCUUAUCUGCCCUAUUACCUUUAUAAUAUGGAAUCCUUCAUGAAAUAUCUAAGUACGCGUUUUGAAGUUCGGCCGAAAAGCUAAGUUAAAGACAAGACUUCUUGAUGUUGGCCGAGAUUUCAACUCGGUUGCAACAAAAGUCGACUAAUGCUUAUAGCCUACUCUUGAACGCUGGCGAAAUAAAUCCAGAAGAGACACAUCUUAUGUUAGGCUGAUCACAUUUAAGUGGAAGUUAAUCCAGCGUUUAUUUAAAACCAAACUACGACUUUGUGAAUCUGUAACAAGUUGUUUGGCUUCUUAAUUCCACUGGAAACUAACACUUAUACUCUUAUAUGUUUAGUCCGAUUCAUGGCAUGACUCUUCAAAUCAAUCUGUGACUGACUUGUCGGAAACACAAAAGAACGAUGACUCAAAAUCUGAAAAUCCUACCCUCUCUGAAACGUUCUUGACGUCUGUAAGUGUUUCUUAUUGUAACUGUCCUUCUGUUUUCAUUUUAUGCCAAACCAACGUAAACUGAAUUUCUCGUUUUAAGCAAGUCAAUUCUGUCCUGAUUUCCAUUCAAUCAGAUAUACUUUCGAGGUCAGGCAUUUUGCGGAGUGAGAGAUUUCAGUUCCAAUGUAACCGCUUAUUUUGUCACAUCGAAGUCCACUGCUAUCACACCCCUUAAAUAAUGUUGUAUAUAGUACUGGUCACUAAUCCUUCAACACAUUUUCGAAAAGUUUGAAAAGUCUGGACAAUACAUUCAGGAUAUUUACAGUUUAUUUUGAAAGUCCAAUAGAUCAAUAUGAACAGGCAGUGUAGGAACGGAGAAAGGCUAAACUAAGAAUAUUUUUUUAAAUGAUUCGAAUAUGUAUAUGCCAGCAACGGCUUGGCUUUUUGUGCUAACCUUUGGGAAUCUGCACAGUAAGGAGGCUGUUACUGGCAACGUUGUUCAAAACAGUUCGAAGUAACUUACACUCAAGAAGUCUCGUUUACCCAGCGUUAACCUUAAACUGCGGUAGUCGUGGGCAACCUCCCAACAUUUACUACUGAAGCUAAGGCCCACUGAAGUUAACGAAUUGGAGUAUGCUUAACAAUUGAAAGACUGCUGUUGCUAAAUAUUAACAUCUAAGUUAGUCACGUCUAUCUUCGUUAUCCUGUUUAGUCGAUCAUAGAGUGCUAUAAACCAUUUAAGACCUGAAAUGCAUGAUCGAUCAAAUCACAACUUGGUAGUUCCGAAUCUCAAGUAUUUCGAACUUAAAAUUGGCGAAAUCAAACUAAUGACAACUAGAUGUUCCAACCUCCUUUGGGUACUUCGGUCGAAUUUCACAAAAUGGUCUACUUCUCGUAAAGCGAUUGACUACCGGGGCGGGCAAAACGUACUGUUUUGGUUUCAUUUGAGGCCCUGAUCGUGAGUGUGAAAGGAAAACCCUUUGGUUCACCGGUAUUGUCUUCAAUUGUAAGGCAAACCAAGCCGUAGACAAUGCGUACGUUAUCCAACCCUGGAUUGAUGUAUAAUGGACUGUCGAAAGUCAGUAAGUUAGAGCUGGUUUCACCAUUACCAAAAUCAUUGUUUGUUUCUAUGUAAAGUUUUUUACGAGAUUUAGUCAUUAAAAUCCCAAUCCCCACAUGUUAGCCAGCUCGAGUCUUUGAAAAACAUUCUAAGAUGAUACCGGUCGUUCUCGUUACAUCUGCUUAGAAUCAUGCUUUUAUUUUGCAGGUAAAAUCAGCGUCAUCUACCCCUCCGCCGCUGCCUCCGAGACCCUGCACCCUCGAACCCCAAAUUCACAAACGGCCCCUACCAACACUGAAUUUGGUAAGAUCUGAGACCUUCGCACAUCUGUUUUGCCUUUACUUUUAUGGACGAAAAUCCUCUAGGCUGGCUGCCGAUUACAUCUUAGGGGAUGUGUUAUGACCCGGCCUGGUACUUGAAAGCACGUGGGAGCAUAUGCGUACCCGACUCUUGUCCCCAAUACCAACGCAUCAGAGAAGAAGCAACCGGCCACGAAAAUAUGUAUUAGGAAAUUGCAAGGCACGAUUAACUGGAAUAAACGCAUAUUUAUUAUGCCCUACUGUGAUUCGCCAGCAUUCGGUCCAAUGCCCUUCGGGAAGAAUAUUCCAGAUGAGCUGGUCGAUAAUUUGAAUACGCAGAUCGAUCAGGCCCGAAAGAAAAGCCAAUGGAAAGGCGCCACGACUAGGAUGACAGCGCUGUAGAGAAAACGCACGUGGCCUCCUCUGAUUGCCCGGCUCUUGUUUUUGGGAGUGUAGGCACUCCCAACAGGAUAGCGCAAGAUCGUACGUUGUUCAAAAUCAACGACUGAUAGACGCAAACAGGCGAGUUCCGGGAAGCAGUUCGGAAGACCAAGAUGCGAUCAUUGGAACAAGAAAUUUCCUGGCCUGACGUUUCGGAUUCUCGCUCGAACCCAUCAUCAGGGACAUUCGCAGAUAAGAAUAAUGGUGGCACAAGGAGUGCAGUAUUUCUGGCACGUGGCUGCCGUGGAACCAUAUGCGCAGUGUAAUUAACAGCUCUCGCAAUCAGCUCUGGGGUCGUAAUUGGUGCGAUGGUGGCUUGUCAGUCCUCGUCUGGGUCGUUAACGGCCGCGAUUUCGUCAUCCGUGCUGGAUGAUGGUGUGACGAUUGCUCGGCAAAUUGCCUCAAUAUCACUGAGUUAAUUUCUCGCCUGUGUCCUACCCACGUGACCGAUCCCCCUGCCCAGGGAAAAUCUCAUCACAGAAUAUGGUAAAGGGAGGUCAUUGCGCUUGUUGAUGGAUUUGCGGGGCAAUGAUCGGGUGAAGGGCCCCAAACACACACACACACACACACACGCACACAAACACGACCAGCCAAGAAUGCCUGUGCUACGGGAAAUGUGGUAAGAGGGGUUUUGCGGGCGGGAUUUAUGUAUGCAUGGAGAAAUGGCAAAAUAAGUAAAGAUAAUUGGUUAAUUAGUAUUUCAGGCGGGAACAUUUUGAUGCAUUGAUAUGUAGCAACCGUACUAAUGCAGGAGAAUUAAAAAAAUAAACAUUAGGUGUCUGCAGCCAUCGCUUCUCAACUUUCUGAGUUGAGGUCAUUGUAGAUACUGUACCAGACCGUCUACAACAGUCGACCAAACCUUGUCCGAUAAAAUACAAAACCGAAAUAAUCGUGUCUAACUAAAACCCACUUAAAUGAGAAUAGAAGGUACUCUUUGUAUGCCACAGAUGCUUGCGGCCUUUACCUGACGCGAGCAGCUUCAACGGGAAGAAAUUCGGUGUAUUCACAUGGCUACUAAACUUAUCGGUUUUUGAUUUAACAUCUCGCCGAUCAGUUUGUCCCACCGAUCUAAAAGGCAGCGCUUAGAGGACCAAUCGAUCGGUCGAGCAUCAUAACCAAGCGAAAUGUUAGAGUAGUUGGGGAAAAUGCAUUUAAAAGUCAAAUUUUAUUUAGUACAAUGUCGGGGCAGUCAGUCCCUCCCACCAAUACUAUCGAAUGCUGUCGCCUUGUUCUCUUUUAAGAAUUUGGCGGCACAUUUAACUUUUUAUCCCUUUUAAUAAUGCUUUGUUUUGUUUGAAUUUCAUAUUUAAAUGUCAUUCAUAACGCUACUUGUAAUGUGAAAACCGAUCUUUGCAUUUUUACAAAGAUUAUGUCCUUCAUUUACCCGCUACACCUGUUCCAUGAGAGCAGUUUUACACGCCUUGUAACGCGUUGUAACCAGAAAUGGGCACCGGAAAGCGAUUAAAAACUAAUGCUUAUUAAAACCGAUUUAGGUCAGUUAGUUGAAGUUACAAGAUCGCUAUUUGAGUAAAGAAAAAGGAGGCUCUUGAACAAUCAUCCUGAACUUUGAAUUUCCUACAGAAGUACAUCGUCACAUAUGGUAGCAGCAACUGAACCAACGACACAUACAGGGAGCACCAACCAAUCAGCGAUUACCGACGCAGGUCUGCAGGUGACUGCGCAGGGAUCUGUAUGUCAGCGCCAAAUCGAGGCAUCGAUUGACAGAAUUCUUAUUCGACGCCCAGGUUUCAGCCGGUUCUCGGCUCAUCUUGCUGCCUGCGUGAGCGGUUAUCUUGGUGGCUGCAAAGUUAAACUCGUGGUCCUGUUGUACAGCCGGCGUAGGUUCGAGUAUGCGCAAUUCCAACACGCGUUAAGUCCGACCUGUGUAGUUGCAAGUCCAGUUUAGACACAGAAUGAGAUACACAACCUCAGGCCGCCCUUCAGCCCUUGCUCAGCCCUUGAUUUAUACGACCCUUCUGCGCAUGAGAGUUCUGAGUCGGUGUGUAAUUCCGACACCUAGCGCAGAAGCGAUGCGCUCGGUCGAUUUUGGAACAUCUUUAAUGUAUCGCAGAGCAUGCCAUAUCACCCGUGAUGCUUACCCUGGCGUCAUGCAUAGGCGAGCACGUACACAUGGGCAUAUAAACGCCCUGAGAUGACCACUCCGCAUAAAUUAAUCUUGUAGAUCUCGUGCCUCUCAGUUUGCUGCUUUGACUGUGAGUCCGUUUGAAGAUCAUUCUUAUGCAGUUUCAUUUGGGAGUCACCGGAUGGUUGCCGGGGAAAUUGAGAAAGUGCCUGAUGUUUGUUGCCUUCCGACAAACAUUCGUGUCUGCAAGAAUUCAAAAUUCCAGUAAAAUAAACAAUUUUUUUCGAUGCUCGAUCAGCCUUCUUUUUCAUUAUUCAUAUAUACAGUAGGCGAGCUAACUCAUGAAACGUCGACCGAAAUUCCGAAAUGCGUUUUCAUUUCGAAAAGGCCAAUUAAGUUCGGUUAUGAAAUUAAUCAUCGUAAGACAUAAAUAUGUAAUAAUUCAGUUACCCCAGGAUGCCGGCAUUCAAACGAAAUCCUUUUCAGAUGUAUGCAAAAACCAUCCUCCGCAUGACAUGACUACUUAAGUAGCAUGAAUUUCGCGAAUUGAUUUUUUUCUGCCCUUAUAAAUUCAAUUAUAUUUCAUGGUAAACAUAAAUAUAAAUAUUCGGUUUUUUGCCCACUUGGUAGAAAAUUAUGUCUUCUUCUAAUUUUAUGCUCGAAGAAAGAGUAUAGUUCGGUUUAAUAAACUUUUCCAUCUCCCGAAUAAUUUUGAACUCGGCAUGCCGUUACACUUGCAUUCAGGGUUUCGAAACCACAGGCCGCAUAUCUUUCGCGUACGGAAAACCAUACAUUUCUCUAUGGUAUAAUGAGGAAAGAAUAUGGGGUUCAUAAAAUUUAGCAGUGGAUUUGAGCCAUAUUGCUAACUUUACAAGCCACAUUGUAACGUGCAGAGACAUGACGUUUUAUGAAUGGGUAUUCCACGGUAUUGAAAAGUCUCAAAAUUAGUAACUUGCUUAAACCCGAAUUAUGCCCUUUCUUAGAGAAGAAAAUUGGAAGAAAACGUAAUUCUCUAUUAAAGGAGUAAGAGAAUGAAUAUUUUACUUAUGUCUUCCAUAAAAUAUAAUUGAAUGGUUAAGGACAUCGAGAAUCAUUGGAAAAAAUGCAUGCUACUUAAGUAAUUAUGUUUUACGGAGUAUAAUGUUUGCAUGCAGCUGGGAAGAAUUUCGUUCGAACGCCGGCACAAGCGAGAGUUCAGAUUGGCAAAGUUGAGAGAUCCGGUGAGCCUAACGUUUUCUUCACAUAAGCAACAGUGCCCUGAACGUCAACCCGGUGGAUGCGCUACUGCCUGACCUCAAAAGCACGGAUAUCGUGAUGUGAACAUGCCAGUUUUCAAUGAGCGUAUUUGGUGAACUAGAUAAAUAUAGGUGGUGAACGCAAUUUUCAACUGAAACCAUUGCGUGGUCUGUUAACUGACUUGAAUGUAUGUCGUGCUUUUUGCUACCGCAGUCCCCCUUAGAUUGCAUUUUUUGCUUGAAACAAUAAUUAAUGAUUUUGAUCUAUGCGAUAACUCUAUAAGUAUCUAUAUAGACACGUCCGACACUUUCAAGGCAACAAGUUGUAUCUCUUUGUCAUUUAAUAUUAUAAAAGUAUUAUCUGCUUUUAUCCGGACAUCCGGUUGCUUCGCUAUUUCUAACUUUAUAUAUAUAUAUAUAUAUAUAAAUGUAUUCUUUCCCACUUAACAGAACACACACACCCCACCGCGACCUCUUCCGCCCCGCCUAUGCCUAGCUCAACAAUCGUCGGCAGAAUCUCAACCCAUCAUGAUCCCAAGGAGACCAUUACCGAAUCGCUUGGCUUGA